AUGCCUUCUGGUGAGCCGCAGUGCGAUGCUCGCCUCACGGAGGCAGACAGCUUCAACUUACAGACUCUUCGCGAACUCGAGGUGGCACAAGCUUGCGAUCGAAGUCGUGGUCCAACAGAGGCCAAACCGACCAAGUUAUCUAGUCACAUCGAGGUCAUUAGGGAAGGUAGGACCUUGAUACUUCCAGUUUUCCGACUUCGACGCCGUGUUGAGUCUCUUUAG